GGUGCGGCGCGGCCGCGGCGGCAGGCACAGCAGCCGCGGUGGCCCCCCCUGGGCCUUCCAGACCCGGAGCGGCGGCCGGGGUCGCUUUCGCACCGGCGCUCCCCGCUACCGAGCAGGGCCUCCCACUGAGGAUGGUGACCGCAUGAGUGCCUGUCAUGACCAGCCGCAGGCGCCAGACCACCAUGAGCAACAUGCUGGACCACAGGGCGAGGCCAGGUUCCACAGCAUCUCACAACCUAGAGCCGGAGAGUGAAGAGGGAGACCUGCCCCUGGAAGAAUAUGAGCCUGCGGGACUGGAGCUGGCCACUCUCCGGCCUGAAAGCCCCCCGCCUGUGGAGCAGGUUUGUACUGACCACAGCCCUGAUGGGGACUCAAGCUCCGACUAUGUCAACAACACCUCUGAGGAGGAGGAGUAUGAUGAGGGCCUCCCAGAGGAGGAGGAGGGAAUCACCUACUAUAUCCGCUAUUGCCCCGAGGAUGACAGCUACCUGGAAGGCAUGGACUGCAAUGGGGAGGAAUACCGAGCCCACAGGGCCUCCCAUGUGGAGACGGAUGAGUGCCAGGAGGCACUGGAGGAGUGGACAGAUGCAGCGGGCUUGCACCCUCCUGGUCCCAGGGCUGACAGCAGCCAAGAUGACCAGGAUGGCCACCUACCUGUCCCUGAGCACGAGACCUCAACGCUGGAGACCCACAGCCAGGAGGAAAGCAUCCAUUACUGUCCUGGUGGAGAGGGUUACCAGGACUACUACCCGGCAGAGGCCAAUGGGAAUGCAUGUGGGGGCUCCCCCUACCUCCUAAGGCGGGUAGGUGGCGACUUGGAAGACCAGGAGGAGGAUAUCGACCAAAUUGUGGCUGAGAUUAAGAUGAGCUUGAGUAUGACCAGCAUCACUAGUGCAGGAGAGGCCAGCCCAGAGCACACCAAUGUGCAGGCCCCUGAACUUGAGCCUGGAAAUCCCACACAUGCCUCCCCACCUGAGAAGGACAGCCAUGGCCCCAGCAGACAUGAAAGCCGACCCAAGUCAUUGAACCUCCCCAUGGAAGCUAAGAACCAUGGAGACUCUCAGAGAGGCUUCAAGACUAAGAUCAGGACACCGGAGGAGAAGCCAAAGUGGCCCCAAGAGCAGGUUUGCAAUGGUUUGGAGCAAUCAAGGAAACAACAACGUUCUGAUCUCAAUGGACCCACUGACAAUAACAACAUUCCAGAGACAAAGAAAGUGGCAUCAUUUCCAAGCUUUGUGGCUGUUCCAGGGCCCUGUGAGCCUGAGGACCUCAUUGAUGGGAUCAUCUUUGCUGCUAACUACCUGGGCUCCACUCAGCUGCUAUCAGAGAGGAACCCAUCCAAGAACAUCAGGAUGAUGCAGGCACAGGAGGCUGUCAGCCGUGUCAAGAGGGUGCAGAAGGCUGCUAGAAUCAAGAAGAAAGCGAAUUCUGAGGGGGAUGCUCAGAUGAUGACUGAAGUGGACCUUUUCAUCUCCACCCAGAGGAUUAAGGUUCUAAAUGCAGACACCCAGGAAACAAUGAUGGACCAUGCUUUGCGGACCAUCUCCUACAUCGCUGACAUUGGGAACAUCGUUGUGUUGAUGGCCAGGCGCCGAAUGCCACGGUCAGCCUCACAAGACUGCAUUGAGACCACACCUGGGGCCCAGGAGGGGAAGAAGCAGUACAAGAUGAUCUGCCAUGUGUUUGAGUCAGAGGACGCCCAGCUCAUUGCCCAGUCCAUCGGCCAGGCCUUCAGCGUGGCCUACCAAGAGUUCCUUCGGGCCAAUGGCAUCAACCCCGAGGACCUGAGCCAGAAAGAAUACAGUGACAUCAUCAAUACCCAGGAGAUGUACAACGAUGACCUCAUUCACUUCUCAAACUCGGAGAACUGCAAGGAGCUGCUGCUGGAGAAGCAUAAGGGCGAGCUCCUUGGCGUGGUGGUUGUGGAGUCAGGCUGGGGCUCCAUCCUGCCCACGGUUAUUCUGGCGAACAUGAUGAACGGUGGCCCAGCCGCACGAUCAGGGAAGCUGAGCAUUGGGGACCAGAUCAUGUCCAUCAAUGGCACCAGCCUGGUGGGGCUGCCCCUUGCCACCUGCCAGGGCAUCAUCAAGGGCCUGAAGAACCAGACUCAAGUAAAGCUCAACAUUGUUAGUUGCCCUCCAGUCACGACAGUCCUCAUCAAGCGGCCAGACCUCAAGUACCAGCUGGGCUUUAGUGUACAGAAUGGAAUCAUUUGCAGCCUUAUGAGGGGGGGCAUCGCAGAGCGAGGUGGUGUCCGAGUUGGCCAUCGCAUCAUCGAGAUCAAUGGACAGAGUGUUGUGGCCACAGCCCACGAGAAGAUAGUCCAAGCCUUGUCCAACUCUGUUGGAGAGAUCCACAUGAAGACAAUGCCUGCUGCCAUGUUCCGGCUUCUCACAGGACAGGAGACCCCUCUCUACAUCUAGGCCACAGCUUCCCGGAAGGAGGCUCACAGCCAGGUCUAGAAGUGCUGGCUUCUUGUCGACAACCGGAUGCCAGGACAACCGGAUGCCAACCGUGAGCCACAGCCUAGAAGGACCGCCAAGGACUGUCAUCCCUGAGGCUGUGCCUCCAUCUUCUUUUUUUUUUUUUCAAGAAGGGGUAUGUCUCUUUCAAAGGAGGGUCACAGAAACAAUGCCUUUGUAAAACAUUAAGUAUUUUGCCACAUAGGAACUGUUUCUUCAUAGCAAACUGACGAGGGUGUUGUGUGCACUCUGUGUGGUGUAGCGUGUGUGUCUUUCCUCUUUGAAGCUAUAGUGAGUGUGUGUCUGACAGAUGUAGGUGAGGACAUGGGGCCACUGGAAAGCCCAUGACUGGCCCUUCUGCCCCUCCCGCUGAUCCUCCAGGGGCCCCCAACUGUCCUAGGUAGGUAGAUCUUGACACCUUGACAGUACACCCUCCAGAGUUAUAAUUAAAGUUUGGGAACAUGUGACUGGUUGUCAUUAUUUAAUAAGAAAGAAGGUGUUCCUGAGUUAAAUAAAGAACGAUGACAACAUUAAACUCCAGGUUUAUUUAGAUAAUAUUGCUGUUUUUUAAAUUUUAAUUUUGACAAAUUGUUCUUUAGACUGAAGGGGUUUCAGAUGAUCCACGAUCACAUUCGCUACUCCUCUCCCUACCUGUAGCCUACGUAAAGUUACCUGGGCACUCUUGUCCCCCACCCCCAAGGCUUACCACAGGGCAGCUCAUUCUUCUUCCCAGGCACAUGGAGAGCAUCCCGUGUCUGCUCUUGAAGUAAAAUCUCUACGUGCACAUCCACAUCCACGCUGCCCCAACUAACUCCAAGACAGAGAAUACACACAACCGCUGCCAUUCCCCAGGGAGCAAACGAUGUUGUCAGUGCCUAGGUGGGCAAAGCACUGUCACCACUAACAGUAUUCGCAUGUGUGGUGCAAGUAGCACAUAGUCUAGUGAAAUUCAUUAGAGGUCAAUGUUAACUAAUACUAUUUUGUCUGGAGUCCUUUUCUUUGGCCCAGGCUGUGAAGAAUACACUGUGACUUAACCAGCCUUACCAUGCAGUAAAUAAAGCUCUAGGAUGACUGUAUCCAAGGAGUAACCAUGUGUUGCAUGCAGCUGACCUUAGGAAGACUUCACCAAUAUUGCUAAUAAACCUGAAGUCCUGAUGA